UUCAAACCCUUCUUCCAUUCUCUCUUAUAGAUAAUGUCUCCACUGCUUUUGUUUGGUUUGGUGUUUCUGAGCCACUUCAAUGGUGGAUUGAAUACACCAUUGCCACCUCCAAACUUUGGAGAUCAUGUUUCCAUUCUAAGCAUAGAUGGUGGUGGCAUCAGAGGAAUUAUUCCUGCCACUGUUCUUAUUUACUUGGACAAUGCUCUUAAGGCUAAGGAUCCAACGACAUCGUUGGCAGAUUAUUUCGAUGUGAUAUCAGGAACAAGUACUGGUGGAAUCAUGAGUGUUAUGUUAGCAGCUCCAAACGCAUCUGAUUUCAAUCGUCCCCUCUUUACUCCAUCACAAGUCGUACAGUUCUACAAGAAAAAUGGCCCUAACAUAUUUAAACCUAGAUCUAUCAUCGAUCCCAUCCAAUGUCCCAAGUAUGAUGGAAAGUUUUUACGAGAUACAGCUCGUCAGAUAUUGAAAGAAACACGACUCGAUCAAACGUUGACCAACUUGGUAAUACCAACUUUUGACGAGGACAAAAUCCAUCCAGUUAUAUUCUCAAACUACAAGCUGAAGACAGAAAGUUACCUGAAUGCGAAACUUUCAGAUAUUGCUCUUGGCACUUCGGCUGCACCAACUUAUUUUCCAUCCCACGAAUUUCAGAACGAUGGUGUUGCAUUUGAUUUAGCUGAUGGUGCUCUCGCUGCUAACAAUCCUGCUCUGGUUGCUGUGAGUGAAGUGAUACAAAACAAUGGGCAAAAGGAAAUUUUGUUGCUGUCAUUAGGAACUGGAAUAACCGCAGCUCAGAAUAAGUUAGGUGGCAUCUUUGAUCUUGGCUGCCAAGCUUUAUGGCUAAGUUUACACCAAGAUACUUUCAAUGAAGCUAUGUUCAGAACAGACGUCACUCAUUACUAUCUUGCCACAAUCUUCCCAGGCAUCUUACCUGCAGAUAACUAUCUCCGAAUUGAGGAGUAUAACCUGGAUCCAUCCAUGGAAGAAAUGGAUGAUGCUUCUAAAAAGAACAUGGAUAAGCUUGAAACGGUGGGAAAGAACCUGUUGCUCCAAAAAGUUAAGAGGAUGAAUGUGAAUACAUUUCUUCCAUUUGAACUCGACCAAACAAAUGCUCAAGCUCUAGACAGGUUGGCUGAGCGAUUAUAUGCAGAGAGGCAAUUGCGUCUGAAAAGAAAAUCUAUGGAAAAAGGAGGAAGACCUUUCAUUGAAACUAUAUAAGUUCCUUCUCGAGAAAUCAACAACUUCACAUUAUGAAUAAAUUGUUGAUGUUUUGGGUUUCUGUGUAACUCCCAAUUGCAAGAAAAAUGUAUCAUAUAAUAAGGUGGAAUAUUUUGGGAUUCUAUGUAACUCCCAUCUAGAGGAACCAUAUGUAACAUACAAGAUUCAAUAAUUUUGAGUUCUAUAGCUUUA